AUGGCCGUGCUGACACGGCGUGAACAGGUUGGCCCUUACUGCGUCUUCGACGACUACGCGAGUCCGCACCAUCAACAGCAACAGCAACCGCAACCGACCAGUCGCCAAGAGCCUCCGCCUCCGCCCCCGCCCCCGCUGCUGAGGACGCCGACAGACGACAGCAUGGAAGACCCCAUGAUGUCGAGCGACUUUCCCUUUGGCGGCAUGCGCGGCCCCUGGCUCUCCACCGCCGGAGACGACAUGACGCUCGCCGCCCCGGCCAACGACCUGACCAGCUGGAACGAGUGGAUGCAGUACAACCCUGCGGCCGCCUCACAGAACCCCCAGCCGUCGCAGCCUCCUCCCAUGACCGAGGCCCAGGCCACCGCCGUCCCCAUCUCUGCUCCCAUGUACGCUCCGUCUGGCGUGCCCUUUACCUUUGGCGGAUCCGUCGACAUGCCCGCCGCCUUCGACUUCAAUGGCAACGCUCUGAGCUCCCCCUCCACCGUCGACCCCCACCAGCAGAACGGCUUCUACUCACCGCCCAUGUGGCAGCAGCAGCCGCCGCCGCCGCCCCAACCACAGCAAGCGCUCUACACACCCACCCCCUUUGUUCACCCCGGCCCGCCUGCCUCCACACCGAGCCUGCACCACAGCCCCGGCUCUCUCCACAACGGCACCUCGUCUUCGCACUCCUCACCUGAGCCCGCCACCAGUUCGAAGAAGAGGAAGUCGACCGAGGACACCGAGGACUUGGAUGAGCCGCCUUCGAGCAAAAAGGGUGCAUCGCAGCCGCCGAAGAAGACGGCACACAACAUGAUCGAAAAGCGGUAUCGAACCAACCUCAACGACAAGAUUGCUGCCCUGCGCGACAGCGUCCCUAGCCUGCGUGUCAUGUCACGACCCAACGGAACCGACGAGGACGAUGACCCGGAGGACCUCGAGGGCCUCACCCCUGCUCACAAGCUGAACAAGGCUACCGUACUCUCCAAGGCUACCGAGUACAUUCGCCAUCUGGAGAAGCGCAACAAGCGCCUGGCCGACGAGGUCGCCACCCUGAAGGGACGCAUCGAGAGCUACGAGAAGAUGGCCAUCUCAGGCCCCAUGACCCUGCACGGAUCCGUCGGUACGCCCGAGGCUAGCCGAUUCCAAGAGGACCCAUUCGCACACCACAUGCCCAUGGCCGGCCCGCCGCAGGGCAUGAUACCGGUUCCCGACAACAUUCGCGCUCUACAGCAAGGCCUGCCGCCCCAGCAGCACUACGCCCAUGCGUACCCACAGUACACUGCGCAGCCUCGUCAGGCUCCAGGUCCGCCCAUGGUGAAUGGACGCCGCAGCAGCGCAAUGAUGGGCAAGCUCAUGGUAGGCUCUCUCGCCGGUCUCAUGAUCCUCGAAGGGUUUUCGGCCCGCGAACAGCCGCAGGAAGAGCUCUCCGGCCGUGGUCUCUUCGCUCUCCCCAUCAACCUCGCUUCCAUUCUAUCUCCUACCACCUCCCUCGGCGCCACAACGGCUCAGAUACCCAUCGCGAAGCUGCUCCUUGUCUUUGGCGCAUUCUUCUACCUCUUCGCUCCCUUGCUGACCCCCAAGCCAAAGCUGAAGAAGAAGUCGCUGCCUGCGUUCCUCUUGGCUCCUGCACCAUCCCUCGCCUCUCCGGUCGAGGUGCGCCGCAAAGCAUGGCUGACCGCCAUUCAAACCGUCUGGGUGCCUCAACACAACUUUGCACUGGAGCUCGCGGCGCUUCUUUUGAAAACGCUGAAGCUCAGCACACGCAGAAUCAUCGGCUGGCACGGUUACGCAUACCUCACGGGUACUACAAAAGACCAGGAGGUUGCGAGGGUCAAGGCCUGGAACAUUGCGCUGGAUGCGCAGCUCACGGGCGGCGAUGCAGAAAUCAGCAAGAGUCGCCUUGUGCUGAGUUUGAUGGCGUCUGGAACCCUGCCAGAUACACCAGCACGACUCAUGCUCAAAGCCCUGCACACUCGCGUGUUGCUCUGGGAGGCUUCGAGUGCCACGCACGGCGGAUGGCGGGUAGUGGACGAGCUGAGCGCAAAGCUAGCCCGCAGCUACUGGAAUGCGGCCCGUAGCGAGCACCGCAUCGCUAGCCACCUGAAAGGCACAGAGGCAGAGCCACUGCCGGACCACUUGGCUGCUCUUAUCGAGAGGGAGUGCGACGAAGUGCUGGUACCUUCGAUCGUACAGCGCGCCUACAACCUCGCCUGGAACCGACCGAGCGCUGAAAACACGGUCGUUGAUCCUUCCAUGGACGGCGUUGUAGAGGAUUUCGCCAUCAGCUCGCCGCUCGACGCACUUGCCGCAUGGCACUCGAGUCUUGUCCUGAACCGGGGUCUCGCUGCGUAUCUUGCGGCGAAGACGGUCGACUCGACUCUCGACCUGGAUCUUGCCCUUCAGACGGCACCCGCCAACUCACAAGCUCAGGUGCGGGCUUUGGUCGCAGAUGCUGUCGUCUUCGACGAGGACCGCGACGCUCGCAUUGCCAAAGCCCUCGAGGCACUUCCUACCCCGCCUUCUUCAAAGGCCAGCGAGACGGGUCUCAACCUCGUCGGCGACGCCACGGUCGCAGUCGACGUUCGCAAGGCCCUCACCAUGGCCAAAUGUCUAUCCCUCAUCGAAUCCCCGCACCGCCACGCACACAAACGCGCCAUCUACGUCGUCAACAACACAUUCCUCCCCGAGUGCACAACCACGCUCCUCGGCUUCGUCGCCGGCUACAAGAUCCUCGUCCGCUUCAUGGAGGACGCGUCGCUGCAAGUCCAGACCAGCUCCGGCCUCGAGCGCAUCACGUCUGCACUGCGCCUGUGGGUGGGCCGCGAGGCUGGCCGCCGCAGCGGCCUGUCGAACAAGGCCCGGACCAGGAUCGUAGCGUACUGUGUCAAGAGCAGCAAGACGCUCGUCGGACUCGCCGAGGUCGAUGUCGACGACGGGUAUGCGAGUGCGAGUGUGAAAGACGACGAGACCUGCCAAUAA